AUGCCCUAUCCAGGAGGGCCAACUGCAGGCAUGUCCAAGGAGGACCCGAAAUCGCCGAAGGCAAAUCGUGUGAAGGUCAGUCCUCAGCCUCCGCAUCAGCUCUGCGGUGACGUGGACACGAUGCCAUGCGAGACCUCAAGCUUGCUCUCCAUGCCUCCCGUAUGUUCAGGCCGUCGUAAGGCCUCCACAGAGGAUGGUGAAGAGGAGAUGUCCUUGAGGCUUUCUCGAGAGGAGAUCUUCAUGCGCACGUUCCCAGGCAGCUACUGGAAAGCAGCUGCCAGUGAUGGUGAAGAUUUGUCACCGUCUUUGAAAGGCAUCGGGCCUAUUCAGGGAGAUGACUUCGCAGACGAUGCGGCAGGAACCUCAACAGAGCUGCCUCUGCAUAGUCCCGGUGGUAGCGUGUCAGUAAACUCCUUGAGCGCCUCAGAAAAUCCAUCUUCGCCUCCUGUGACGCAGCGGGGUGACAAGUUGCGAGAAAGCAUCUGCCGUGCUCGACCUGAGCCCACGGAAGGUCAGCCUGAAAUGCUAGCUGGACCCGAGAGUUAUGAGGAGCCUGAGGCUGUACUCAGGAAAACUUCAGAAUCCGUUGUCAGGCUGUCCACAGCCUCAAGCGACGAUGAGCCAAACAUGGUCCGGGUGGCCACCGUCGCAGCCUCCGUGAACCAGUCAACGCAGCCUUCACAAGCUUCGCAAGCUCCAGGAGCUUCUCAGCUCUCGCAGCCGCCGCAACCACCGCAGUCUCCUUUGCCGCAGCCUGUAAUGCAGAUGACGCAAAUACUUGCACCUGCAAAAAUGGAGCUCUCGCUCUCGGGAGCAUGCCUGGACUUGCUGGUUGCACCAGGUGACGUGCUGCUGAUGCGCGGUUCUGGGCGAUUGGCAGAGAUAGGGAAUGCUGGCGGCUUCAUGGGAGCGAGCUUUGUGGCGGAUUCCAACGCUGGAAAGCACACGAAGGGAGAAGGGUCUUUGGGAAGCAGAAGCUUGGCAGAGAGCGUCAUCUUGGUUGAGCGCUUGGGGCGGCAGCUGAUGCUCGUAGGCAAGAGCGAAGUGGAGCGUGGUGGAGACGUUUGCAACUUUGAGCCGCACGAGGCUGUUGAGAUCUGGCAGAGCCCAGAGGAGCUUCGUGGAGCGCUUCGUGUUGACUUGAUGGCAUUGGUCCUUGCGGACAUGCGGAAGAACCAGGUUCUGUCUUCAGCAGAAAUGGUGGAACAGCCUACAGCUAGUCAGACCUUGGAGGUUCGUCUUAGCCGGCAUGCUCAACGCAAGUACAUGACCAGCAAGGGCGUGGAAACUCUGCCAGAGCCGCCAGCUGGGCUCAACGUGGGCGACGCGAUAUCGUACUGGGACCUGAGCUGCGGGACUUGGGUCAACGGCUUUGUCAAGGAGCGAGUUGUUGACGGUCAAGGCGACGCAGCAGUUGCAUACCAUUUGGAUAUUAAGCCGUCGGCCAAUCCUCAGCAUAUCCGCCGCCGACUGGAUGGGGAAGCACUGGCAAAGAAGGCGGUGGAUCUGAUCCGCAGAUACGUGCCCCUGAAGGCAGAUCGGGCCCUACCCGGUGAUUUGAUGAGAAGCAUGAGAAGCUGCUUCUGGAGUUGCGUCCAGCAGGUGCCGCAAGUUUUCCGCCCGGUCUUGACGGCACCCCCGCAGCAGAUGGUCAUUAACGUUCCCGUCAACCCAAACCCUUCACCCACACAGUCCCGCCCGCAGUCGCCCCAGCCUCAGUCGGCCAGUAGGCCGAGAAAAACAUCAUCAUCCCAUUCUGCCCACUCUGCACACUCCGUCCCCACGCCCUCACCACUAGUGCGACCCAAAGCCGUGCCAGUCUUUGGGAGUGGGCCGCCGCUUGGUCCAGGCGGCCCCCAUGCUCAAGGCUUGCCUGUAUUUGCAUUCCCUCAGAACCGCUCUGGCCAGCCCGGGCAACCCGGGCAACCCGGGCAACCCGGGCAACCCGGGCAACCCGGGCAACCUGGGCAGUCCGGCCAGCUGCCGGUGUUCGCUUUCCCUCAGGCCUCGGCCCCCGCUUCACCCGGUGUGCCCUUGCCUGGCCUCCCAGUGCUCCCCAUUCCGGGUAUGGCUCUGCCACCCCCCAUGGGGCCACGUACGCCCCGCACCCCCCGCCAAGAGGAGGAUGCGCAGGUGGCCUCAACCCCUACGCAGCCAUCUGCUGUUUCCCAGCCACCCCAAGAACCGCACGCUGCAGAAAGCGAAGUGGAAGUACAGAACAAGGGACCUCCUAUGCCUCUAGAAGGGCGCGCAAAUGAGGAGGAAAGUGACAAGGUCAUCGUAGGCUGCGAGUCAAUGGACUUUGAGGAGUUCUCCGAUAUCCGCAAUGCGGACGGCUCCAUUGGUGUCCUCAUGGCUCCUGGCCAAAGCCGUGUCAUGCUGUGA